AUGGCAGUUUCAGCAGAAGCCCAGAUAUCAGAGUGCGAAAUGUCCAUCCAAACAACGCGUUUGGAGAAGGAAUAUGAAUUAGUGCGCGCCCAUUCCACGAGCCUCCUAAAUACUGAAAGGGACCGUGUGAGGCGCAUGGAGUAUUUACUUCUUCAAUUCGAACGUGACGCUCUUCGAUCGCAACUCGACCAAGCCAAUGAACAAUUACUUGGAGCUACGGAAUCCGAGCGGGACGCGCGCACACAGCUGGAGGAAGCUUUUCAAGAGAUUGACCGUCUAGAUGCCCAUGUGCAGUCUUCUUCUAGCGAGACGAAUAGGCUCAGGGACGAGCUCUCAGCUAUGAACGACACAUCUACCAGCUACAGCAAUCUCCUCGCAGAAAAACUACGCUUAUCUCGGGAUCUCACCAAUCACCAAAAUGAACUCGACCGUCUCCGAAACCAAGAUUCGUCCUAUCAAGCAUUGAUACCAGAGAAACAGGAGCUGGAACGACAGCUGAAUUCAUUGGAAGUUCAGCUUGAGAACGAGAAGAAUUCACAUGAUCGCACGCGAGGCAAGAUUUCACAACAAGCUGCAGAAAUUGGCAGACUCUCUAGAGUAACCUCGCUAGAGAACUGCGAGCAAAACAGCAAUCCGAGCACGACAACCGACAGCAAAAUUCAGGAUGGGAAAGCCAACGAUCAGCCUCUCGAGACGAAAAUCGAGACCCUUAAGAAACAACUACGGACCGCGAAAGAUAAGCUCCAAGAGGCCCAGAAUGAAUUACAGCACCGGCGUAACAAUGUGAGAAUCGAAAACGAAACAUCCGAACCACGAUCCCGAACUGUGCCUCUUCAACGGCCCGGUCCUGGAGGGGCCGAUUAUCAAGGUGGUGUGACAAUUUCAACGCCGGGAGCUGUCAGGGUUCAAGACAAGCUCAAACGCCAAUCAGCUUUACCAGGGGAUAAAUCCGCAUUCUCCAUAACGCCGUACCUGAAUCGUACUAAAAAUUCCAGAGGCUCUCCGUCGAGCUCGGACGUGGAAGAGGAGCAACCGAAAAAGGCAAAAGCACAGGCAAAGGCAAAGGAUGCAAUCAAGACGGUCUCUCGCAAACCCAGUAUCGCUGAAGAACCAGCCGCCGAACGCGCAUCACUCGAGGACCGUAAUUCUUCUACACGUGUUCCCUCAACAACUGCGAAGGGGAAGUCAAGGGCACAGGAAGGAAAACCUGCCAGCCGGCCAGCUCCCAAACCUAUUCUAGAAGAAGACAGCGAUGACCUAGAGUCUUCACUGGACCAGGGACAAGCUAAAACCAAGCGACGAAAGCUCGGAGCUCAGCGGGAACGGUCAUUGUUCGAGGACGAUGAGGACGAGGGGGGACUCGACCUAAGAAAACCCGGGCGCAAGUUAGGUCUUGGGGGUGGGAGAAGUUCAAUACUUGCGACUACCACGCAGAUGUCGGGCGCCAGUGGAAUUCCUCGAAAUCUCGGCUUCGCUGCACCUCUGGGAUUUUCUCCUCUCAAGAAAGAUCGGAAGCGGUUUUAG